AUGGACCGGAUAGUAGGCGAAAGGCAAAGAGUGGGGAUUCAUAAUUUGGCGGACCUGGCAGCAUUUUAUCGCGACUUUUUGCUCGUCACUCGGUACCUUCGGAAGAACGACAUUAUCUCGGUUCGCGAGCAGGGAAGAGCGUUCCAGCGGGGAUUCCAACCGGACCUAUGGGCAAAAAUAUUCGGGCGUCUUCAGAUCAAGGACGUAGACCACCAGCCAGAUACUCCGUACAGCGUGGAUGAAGUCUACAAGGCGGCGGAGUUUAUUCUCCAUGGCACGUCGGCAAUCGGGACUUCAGAGAGGCGUCCGGAGUCAUCCAGCAGCACUCUCAGUGCACCGGCCGUAAAGACCGAGGACCUAGCUUCACUGGUGGAGGUCAUUACAAAGUCCAUCAGCCAGGCUCUGGUUGCUGCGGUUCAGCAGAACGCUGGUUUGGCUCCAGCAACGUCUACUCGACCUGCCGCAACCAAUUAUAAUUGUCUUUAUUGCGGAGAAGGAGACCAUUCGAUCCGAAGGUGUCCCAAGGUUGAGGAGGACAUUAGAGCCGGUCGGUGUAAACGAAAUGCCGAAGGACAAGUCGUCCUACCUAGCGGGGCGAUGGUCUCGAGAGCGCUACCAGGAGCAACGAUGAGGGACCGAAUUUUAGAAUGGCAUCGUCAAAAUCCAGGGCAAACCAGCGUACACCUGUUGGACACGAUGCUAUGGGAAGAGGUCCGAGCUCCGGUAGCUUCACACACCACAGAUAUGUUUCAUCUAGACCAGCAGGAGCGUAUUGAUGCUUUAGAGCGGGAGCUAUUCGCGUUACGCGGAAAGGGGAAGCAAGUUUUUGACGGAGUCUACAUUCCUCCAGCAAAUAGGCCUACCAACCCGUCCAAAGAAUCUAGCGCUGGUCCGCCCGGUUCUACCCACUCCAAGGCUAAGAGUCAGUCGGUCCGUGAGCAGCCAGUGACCGAGGCAGCGCGGCCAUCAGUCAAUCGCGAGACUCCACCACAUCUGCCGGAAGGACCAAUCCAUCCAUUCGCUGGUGCAAGAGACGUCAACCGGCGUAGGCAGGCAGUCCAGCGGAACGCUGAACAGGAUCCAGCACAGGCGGCCGAAGCGUCCAAAGCCAAGGAGCCAGCGUACCGUACUCAGGCCCCCGUCUACAAUCCCCGUAUCUCUGACCUGGUUUUCGAACGCGCUCUGAAGACUCCGAACAUCUCGUUGACGUCGGAAGAAUUGUUAUCCAUAGCUCCGGAGGUCCGGGCCAAAUAUAGGGACAUUGUAACACCCAAGAAGGUACCGGCCCCACCAGCGGUACGCCUGCAAGCCACGAUUCAGGAGGUGGAGGACGAGCAAGAUGGCCCUGAACUACCAAAUGUCGAGCAGUUGAUUCAUAAUGGACGUUCGAUCCGUCCGGGAGUACUUGUGCUACCCGAUCCAUACGAGGUUUAUCUCCGGAGUUUAGGUCCGGGGGAGACACCGAAGCAAUUAAUCGUGGCCAAGGAGUCGCAUGCGCUUCGGUCCAUUAUGGGACUUAUUGACAACCAGGAGAAGGUCGAAGCGAUUUUAGAUCCAGGUUCUCAGAUCGUGGCAAUGUCAGAAGCGGUUUGCCACACUUUAGGCCUCCAGUACGACCCCACCAUACAACUCCAGAUGCAAUCGGCAAACAAGACAAUCGACAUGUCUCUGGGAUUGGCACACAACAUUCCUUUCCAAGUCGGAGAUAUUACCGUUUACCUCCAGAUUCAUGUCAUCAGGGAUCCGGCCUAUGAUAUACUACUCGGACGACCCUUUGAUGUUUUGACGGAGAGUUGCAUCAAGAAUUUCAAAAAUGAGGACCAAACGAUCACGAUCAACGACCCCAUCUCCGGGAUUGUUUCCACCAUCCCGACAUUUCCAAGAGGUCGUCCUCAAUUUCGAGGCCCCGCCUCUCGAGCGGGAUGA